CUCCUUGUACUUUUAGCGCGAGGAAAACAUAACUGUUUUCGGGGUUUUAAAAGAGAAGAAGAAAAGUAAAAAAUAUAUUUGUUGUAACAAUGCGACCCAGCAUGGGUACGCCCCAAUCACGUGGCGGCACACGUACCAAUCCGCCAGUGCGUGGCGGACAACAGCAAACAUUAAGGGCACAACAGGAAGCGGCAGACGCCGCCGCCUUAGAUGCGCUGGAUGAUGCUAUGAUAUUUGACGAUGAAGAAGGCGGCACUCGCAUUGGUGAUAUCUACAUACCGCCGCCAGUGCCGCCGCACUGCUCCAUGGAGAGUGUCGGACCACGAUUGAUCAUCAAAAAGAUUGUUAAUGUGAAUUUCAAGAGCUAUGCGGGUGUGGUAGAGCUGGGACCAUUUCAUCAGUCAUUCACUGCCAUCAUAGGUCCCAAUGGCAGCGGCAAAAGCAAUGUAAUCGACUCCAUGAUGUUUGUGUUUGGCUGUCGCGCCAAUCGCAUUCGCUGCAAGAAGCUCUCCACACUGAUACACAACUCAAAGAAGUUCCCCAACUGCCGCUCUUGCUCCGUCGCUGUACACUUUGAGCAGGUAGAGGACAAGGGUGACGGCAGCUGCGACAUUGUGCCCGGGUCUAGUUUUGUGGUGCAGCGUUCAGCGAAUGCGGACAGCUCGUCCUAUUAUACAAUAAAUGAUCAGCGCGCUCAACUGAAAGAUGUGGGAAAGCUGCUUAAAAAGCAUCAUGUGGAUCUGGAGCACAAUCGCUUUCUUAUACUACAGGGCGAGGUAGAGUCCAUUGCCAUGAUGAAAACAAAAGGACAAAACGAGAAUGAAACUGGCAUGCUGGAGUAUCUAGAGGAUAUUAUAGGCACAGUGCGUUAUAUCCGCCCGCUGCAGCAGAUAAAUCAACGCGUGGAUCAGCUAACGGACGAUCGCACAGAGAAGCAUAAUCGCUGCAAGCUGGCAGAGCGUGAGAUGAAAGAUCUGGAGCAGCCGUACAACGAAGCCGUUGAGUAUUUGCGCAAAGAAAAUGAAUUUGUGCACACAAAGAACUGGGUAACCCAAAAGUAUAUAAACAUCAAGCAACAAAAGCUGGAGGAGUACAGCAAAGAGCAUGAUGGAUGCGCAGAAAAGCUGAAAUCCCAUGAUAACGGCACAGAGGAGCUUAAGCAAGCACGUGCUGAGAAGGAGUUGAUUAUCAAAAAGGAAAUUGAAGCUUAUGAGGCUUUAGUCAAAGAGCGCGAGGAUAUAAAGCAACAACAGGUGGGCGCAGAGCGUGGUUACACCGAGGUGCAAACCACCAUGGAGACUACGAAUAAGCAGCGCAAAAAGGACAAAGCACAAAUUGAUAAAAACGAUAAUCAACUGGAAGAGUUGCGUAGACUCCCCGAGAAGAAUGCGAAGGAAAUUGAAGAUAGCCAAAACAAACUGGAGCGUCUAGAGAAGGAAAAAGUAACGCUCAGCGAAGAGUUAGAGCAACAGUUAAGCGCGCUUAAAGAACAAGCAGAGCCCAUUACCGAGCAGCGUCUCAAGUAUAGCGAUGAGCUUAUAGGACUCAAGGGUGCUGUAAACACAGCAACUGAGGAGCUGCAGCUGCACGAGUCCAAGCUCAAGAUUCUUAAGCAAGAGGAGGUGACUGAAACGCGCAAAUAUUUGUCGCUCAAAACCGGCUUUGAGGAGUCCGUGCAGAGUGUGGAGGAGAAUCGUCAGAAGCUGGAGGAAAUCACAGCUAAGACGCCAGAGCUGCAGCAAGAGAUUGCCAGCAAAACUGCAGAAGUGGAGCAGCUGGCGAAGGAGGAGCGACAGCUCACCCAGCAGACUCGCAAACUGCGCGAAGAAAUCAAUGAACGCGCUAGCAAUAUGCAGGCUCAGCGCUCCAAUGACAAGGUGCUGGACUUCUUAAUGCGUCAAAAGAACGAGGGACGCAUACCUGGCAUUUUAGGUCGCUUGGGUGAUUUGGGCGGCAUCGAUUCCAAGUAUGAUGUAGCUAUAUCUACUGCCUGUGGGCGUUUGGAUAAUAUUGUCACCGACACCUAUGACACUGCUGCUGCUGCCAUUAAGGCUUUGAAGGAUCAUAAUGUAGGCCGCGCCAACUUCAUACCCAUAAAAAGCAUGGAGCAUUGGCGCAACAAAGCUUUUCCCAUCAGAACUCCAGAGAACGUUCCGCGUCUGUACGAUUUGGUGCAAGUGGAGGAUGAUCGCGUGCGUCCUGUAUUUUAUAUGGCGCUGCAAAAUACGCUGGUGGCAAACGAUUUGGAUCAAGGCUCACGCAUAGCUUAUGGCGCUCAGCGUUAUCGCGUCGUAACGCUCAAAGGCGAUAUCAUAGACACAGCAGGUACCAUGUCAGGCGGUGGUAAUCGUCAAGUACGCGGCAAGAUGGGCACACAGGUGCGCACCAAGACGGCCGAAUCGGCUGAUAGCUCGAUGGGGACGCAGCAUGCGCUGGAAGAAAUGCAGAAGCAGGCCGAUGAAAUGCAAAAUCGCAUAAACUACAUCCAGGAGCAGCAGGGACGUUUGGAGCAUGAGAUUAAAUUGAUACAGAAUGUAAUACAGCGCAAUGAGACGGAGCACAAGCGUCUGACUGUAACCAUCAAGUCGCACGAGUCGCAGCUGGCGAGCAUAAAGAAGCAGGUGGAGACACAGCGUCAGCGCAUGGUGAAGUGUACCACAGAUGCGGAAGAAGUGAAGAAGCAUGAGCAGCAGAUAGAGCAGGCACAACAGCAGGUGGACAAGCGUAAGGCAGCGGAGCAGGAAGUGUCCAAGAAGAUCGAUAAACUACAAGCCGAUUAUGAGCAGCUGCGUGCUGAUACAGUUAAACCAGUGGAGGCCAAGCUGAAGAAGACUAAUAGCCAGCUGGAAAAGCUGGCAGCGCAUGUGCGCUCCAUGAACGUAGCGCUGACUACAGCAGAGCGCAAUAUUGAGCGUCUCGAAAGCGACAACACUAAUUUAAAAGAAAAUAUACAAACUGCGGAGAAUAAGCUGCGUCAAUUGAAUGAGGAGCGUAAAGAGUGGCAGGAGCGCAAAGAAGAGCUGGUAGAGAAGUUUAAGGAAGCGGAGGCUGCCAUUAACAAUGCCAAGUCACAAUCUUCAGAUGUCAAAAAAGAAAUUGAUGAACUCAAUAAGCAGGAGAAUGAACGCAACAUUAAGCGCCUUGAGCUCGAUACGCAACUGCAGGCGGCGGCAGCCAAAAUGCAAGAGGUCAAGUCGGAUAUACCGCGUUGGCGGGCAGCGCUUAAGCCGCUCAAGCUAAAUAAAAUACCUGGAGAAGCGGAGCCGCAGGCACCGUUAAAAACAUUUACGCCUGAUGAGUUGGAGGCGGAAAACCUGGAGGAUAUGCAGUAUAAGCAAACGCUGCUCGAAGAGCAGCUCAAAACGAAGCCUAAUCUUAACUUUAUACAAGAGUUUAGCGAUAAGCGUUUGGUCUAUUUUGAGCGUGUGCGCGUCUUGGAAGACAUAACUUCCAAACGUAAUGAGAUGCGAGAUAAAUACGAAGAGGUGCGCAAGCGUCGUUAUACCGAAUUCAUGGAGGGCUUUAAUAUUAUUACGCGCAAGCUCAAGGAAAUGUAUCGUAUGAUUACGCUUGGCGGCGAUGCUGACUUGGAGUUGGUCGAUUCCAUGGAUCCGUUUGCCGAGGGUGUGCAGUUCACUGUGCGUCCGCCCAAGAAAAGCUGGAAGUACAUCUCGAAUUUAUCGGGCGGUGAGAAGACGCUCUCCUCACUUGCCUUAGUCUUUGCUCUUCAUUACUAUAAGCCUUCACCUUUGUAUUUUAUGGAUGAAAUCGAUGCUGCGCUAGACUUUAAGAACGUCUCUAUUGUGGGACAUUAUAUUAAGGAACGGACUAAGAACGCUCAAUUCAUUAUUGUCUCGCUGCGUGUAAACAUGUUUGAGCUAUCAAAUUACUUAGUGGGCAUCUACAAAGUCGCUGACUGCACAGAAUCUAUAACCUUGCGGAAUAAGCCGCCGGAACAACUCCCUCCUUCCGGCUGCACACAGCAAAACAUCAAUCGCACUACUACGCAAGAGCCCACAAACAACAAUACCCAUAUUGAAGAGUCUGAAAAGGACAACGAACUUCCCACCCAAACACAGACAGUUCACAGAGACACUACCUUUGCGCCGCCUUUGGAAAGCACAGCGCUGAGCCAGGAUAUAAGCCAAGUGUCUUCGCAGGCGCCUAUUAAUUUCUAGAUAUCACAAUGUAAAUUACACAAUUAGUUAUAGCUCAGUACAAACUUGAAAAUAAAUAC